UCAGUUGAUCCCUUGUUUAAGGUUCCCAAUCCACUGAAAAAGGCUCCAACCCAUCACUCCUUUUUAUCUUUGUUAGGUCCAAGAAAUCAAGUUAGGUCCAUUCUUGCAUUCUGAAAAGUGAUUCUUUGUGCUGCAAAUAGUGUUCUGAUCCAUUAGCAGACCAUCUUUCCCUGAAAUGAAGGUUAUUGGAGAGAAGAGAUAUGCUUUAUUUCUAGCAUGUAAGGACUCUGAUUAUGUGAAGAAAGUGUAUGGUGGGUAUUUCAAUGUGUUUGUUGAUGCGUUUGGGGAAGAAGGAGAGGUGUGGGACUUGUUUAGGGUUGUAGAUGGAGAGUUUCCUGACAUGGAUCAGCUUCAGAAUUACAGUGGUUUUGUCAUCAGUGGUAGUCCUUAUGAUGCUCAUGGGAAUGAUCCAUGGGUCCUGAGGCUUUGCUUUUUGAUACAAGUAUUGGAUGCCAUGGAGAAGAAAGUGCUUGGGAUAUGUUUUGGGCACCAACUGUUGUGCCGGGCGUUGGGUGGCAAGACAGGAAGAGCUGAUAGUGGCUGGGACAUUGGGUUGAGAAAAGUCUGGCUGGUGGAGGAUUUCUUCCCACCUAGCCUUGUUGCUGACUUGAAUGAAACCCCAUCUUUUCUUUCCAUAAUUGAGUGUCAUCAAGAUGAGGUAUGGGAGGUCCCUCUUGGAGCUGAAGUGAUUGCCUUCUCAGACAAGACAGGUGUAGAGAUGUUUGCCCUUGGAGACCACAUAAUGGGAAUUCAGGGUCAUCCUGAAUACACCAAGGACAUUCUAUUCAAUCUCAUUGAUCGUCUGGUGAACAACAACUCUAUAGAGAGAGAGUUCGCUGAACAAACAAAAUCAGUACUGGAGACUGCUGAACCAGACAGGAUGGCUUGGGGGAAAAUUUGCAAAAGCUUCCUUAAGGGGAGAAAUAUUUCACCAACUUUGGAUAUGUAAUAGCUAGUGCUUUCUGUUGUCCAGCUUUUUAGUUCUGUUCAGUAUAAUAAGCCCAAGAAGAUGGGAUUUGUACAAGAGUUUGUAACCUAAGUUGUAAUGGUAGUGUAAAAGCUGAAACGGGAAUAUGAAUUUUAAUUGUUUUA